CCCGUGACGCGCUUCCGGCGGGCGGCCGGGCGAGCGCGAUGGCGGCGGAGGCGGCGGAGGGGGACGAGCGGCUGUCGGAGCUGCUGGAGGCCGGCUGGCGCCUGCUGGAGGAGGCCGAGGCCACGGCCGAGCCCUCGAGCGGCGCGCCGGCCGUGCAGCGCAAGGUGCAGCGCGGCAUCGCCCUGCUGGAGCGCGCCGCCCGCGCCGUGGCCGCGCUGGAGCUCUUCAGCCGCCACGAGGAGCUGGAGGAGGUGGCCUCGGCCGACCUGCGCUUCAUGCUGGUGCCGGCGCUGCUGGGCGCGCUGGUCCUGCGGCAGGUGGGCCCGGAGGGGCGGCGCCUGGAGCACCUGGAGCGCGCGCGGGCCUGCUUCCUGGACUUCCUGCGCCUCGGCCACGACUACGGCCUCGCCCGCGGAGCCCUGCCGCCCGAGCGGGCGGGCCCGGCGGAGGAGGAGCAGGGCCACGAGAGCGGGCGGCGGGCGGCCCCGGCCUCGGAGCAGGCGGCCCUGCUGGCCAUGGCGGCCUCUCGGCAGGCCAAGAUCGAGAGAUACAAGCAGAAGAAGGAAGUGGAAAAGAGGUUGGCUUCUUUGAAAACUUUUAUAGACAGUGGGCAAGCAGAGGAGGAGCAGAUACGGGAAUUCUAUUUGCUCCAAAUAACAAAAUGGGUCAGUGUGAGCCUAGAGGAAAUCGAAAGCAUUGAUCAAGAAAUAGCAAUCCUCAGUCGGCGAGAUGCUUUGAAACAGGGCACAGCCACUCGACCUUCACGUGCUCCCCGGCCGCCAAUGAAGCCUUUCAUCCUUACCCGGGAUGCUGCACAAGCGAAGUAUACCACUCUUACUGAAUUGGGGGUGGACCUGACUGUAUUUGAUAGGGUGUUUGGAGCCGGCUAUCCAAGUCUGGCCACAAUGUCCGUGGAUGACUGGUAUGAUCAGCACCAGAAGCAAGGAGUCUUGCCUGACCAGGGCAUCUCACAGGCAGCUACAGCACUUACAGAAGAGCAGCAGAAGGACCCGCAAGACAGUCAAGUGGAGGAGGAACCAUCAGUGUGGAAAGCACGAGAAUGGGAUGACUGGAAGGAUACGCACCCGAGGGGCUAUGGCAAUCGGAAGAACAUGGGCUGACCCCCUAUGGGCUGGGUGACCGAGGGAGAAGCCUGUAGCCCAGAAAGCCCACCUAAAGGGUCAUGGCUUCUUGUCUAAGUGUGAGGAGAUGAACCAAGGAACCCCUUGUUGUGGAUUGCAACACAUGCAGUGAUAAGUUGUGUGUGUGUGUCAUAAAUACUGGGGCAGCAAAUGGAGACUUUAUUAGAAGGUCCAAUUAAAAACUUCCCUGUGUUCCUUCUACCAAGAUUAAUACUCAGUAACACUUAAUAAACUGAAAUGAUAAUUCCUUUCAAAGUAAAGUUUGACUGUUGUAACAUAUUCCUCCUUUGAAUUAAAAUAAGUGCAGUUUGGUUCUUUUUUCUCAAUAUUCUUAACUUUCAUCUCCCAUUUUUUGGGGAAAGUGUAGGAGCUCUGUUUUGCAAAUUGGAUUAUUGCUGGAUUUGGAGGACAAAAUGUUUUAUAGCUCUUUGGGUUCUGCCCCACAGGGUUGUUGUGAAUAUGGUUACUCCAUUUGAUUUUUUUAUAUUUUUAUUUAUUUAUUUCAUUUCUAGACCGCCCUCCCCAUCAGACGGGCUCAGGGCGGUGUAACAACAUACAACUUAUAAUAUACAGUUUAAAACAAUAAAAACAUUAUAAAUAAACAUUUAAAAACAAAUGUGUAGUUUUUAAUGAACAUGAAUUUUUAAUUGUAUUUUAAUUGUAUUUGUUAUCUGCCCUGAGCCCACUUGCGGGGAGGGCAGAAUACAAAUUUGAAAUAAAUAAAAUUAAAAAAUAAUAAAAACA